AAAACCAAAACCAAACCAAACCAAAUCAAAAACAAAAGAGAAAACAAAAACCAACGAAAUUCCCAACGCGCAGCAGGAUGUCUGGCAACGCCAGUAGCGAUAGCAAUGGGGCAACUCCCGCACAACAGCAACAACAACAGCAACCGCCACCGCAGUAUAUAAUCACAACGCCAAGCGAAGUCGAUGCGGACGAGGUGCGUUCGAUGGGCGACUUGGAGUUGAGUUCGCCCGGCGAUGACAGCGUCUUUGGCACGAUCUCAGAGCAGCAACAGUUGCUGCAACAGCAGACAAAGCUAACACACACGCAGAAAUACAGCCAGACAUCGAGCACAAGCACAAGCAGCAGCAGCAGCAGCAAGCUUGCCACACGCUCCUAUUCGGUCACCAGCAGCAGCAGCAGCAGCGCCGGUGGCGGCAUCAACUUGCAGCAGCAGCAGCUGCAGCAGCAGCAGCAUCAGCAACAAAUACAACAACAGACACAGACACAGACACAGCAGGUGCAACAGCAACAGAAGAUCAUGUCGAGCAGCACACGCAGCCAGAGUCUGCAGUCGAGUGCGAUUGUCAGCGAGCAAAGUGGCCACAUGCUGAGCACAGCGGCUGCGUUGGCCCAACAGCUGAAGGCGCAAUCGUCGACAUCGAUCAUCAGCAGCAGCAGCAGCACCACACGCUAUAUGAGCUCAACGAGCAGCACAGCACAGCAGCAACUGCAGCUGCAGGGGGCAGCGGGAGCAGCAACGGGAGCAACCACAACAUCGAGCAGCACUGUAACGGGCAGCAAGUCAAAGUUUCAGAGUUUCUUGCAACAGCCGGAGGCACACGGCGGCUUCUUGAAUGCCCAUCAGAAGCAUGUGCGGCAAUUUGUGCGCUCCACAUCGGCACACUCGGAGGCGGCGGCCAGCAUGACACCGGUGAGCGGUGCAAGGCCGGAGAAAUGCAUACGCAGCGCCUCCACACAGAUCGAUGAUGCUUCGGCUGCCAGCGGUGAUGUGAACGAGGGCAGCAGCGGCAUCGGCAGCGGCAGCAUGCAACUGUCGAUGUCCAAGCUGGGACUGCAGCAGUCCUCCUCCAUACUCAUCUCCAAAUCGGCCGAAACCAUCGAGAUGAAGAGCAGCUCAACAUCGGCCGGCAUGCGCACCCAGCUGACCCUCAGCGGUGGCUUCCUGGCACCGCCCAAUCGCAAAAUCACCAUCCUCAGUCCCAUCCAUGCCCCGCCCGGUCUCCACGACAUACUCAAGCGUGCCGGACGCUCGCCGCUCUCGCCGCGCAUCAGUUUCCCCGGCAGCGAAACGGAUCUCUUUGGGUAAGUGAAAGUCCUUGAUUUUGAGCGGAUGUUUUUUUUUGGUGUGCACUCUUCUCGUGGGAUGUCCUGACAUUUUAUCCUGUGGUAAGCUGUCAAAUGAGCUAAAAACAAAACUGAAGAGAAAACCAAUUUGAUCAGAAGGGAAAGAUUUCUUUUUUUGGGUUUUGUGGAUGGAAGUAUAUUUUGGCAUGGCUAAAAAUGUGUCUAACGAUGAUGAUGGGCAGCCAUUAUACAUAAAUAACAAUCAAUAAGCUAACUUAGUGCGUGCCAGU